AUGACUGCCCGGGAAAUUAUGUUCGCCACGUUUGGCAUGGUCAUCCUCGAUACGAUAUAUUUUAAAGACGACUGGAAUGACCCGAUAUGUGAUUCACUCGGUGGCUCUGGAACAUAUAGCACACUCGGAGCACGCCUCUUCUGCGCAGGCGAGAGUUCUACUUCCAUCGGCUGGGUCACUCGUCUCGGAUCAGACUUUCCAGAUUCGAUAUUGGAGACACUGAAGUCCUGGAAUACUACUCUCCAUGUUGUCCGCGAACGCCCUGCCACUACUAGAGGGCAUCUAAGAUAUCUUGAUACCACGCUCGGACCGAAGACCUUUCGGCAUACUCAAAUGCCACUAUGGACUCUCCCGGAGCAUUUCUUGGACACUCGGCAGUUAUCAUCAAAAACCUUCCACUUCCUCGCCCGUCACGGUGAAAUCUUUAGGGACGUGCCAAAGUUACUAGCAAUGCGAGAGGAGUCGGGGAUAACAGAACGUCCAAAGAUUAUCUGGGAACCAUUCCCAGCCACCUGUACGCCUCAGUUUCUAAAAGAUUAUAUGAAAGCCGUCAAAUUGGUAGAUGUGUUCUCGCCGAAUCAUAUGGAACUCAACAGCCUUUUUGGUGUAGAGGUUCCAGAGGUGUUUGAUCGAGGGCUAUACGAAGGACUCGCUCGGAAAUUCUUAGAUAAAGGCAUAGGGAAGGAUGGGAAGGGGUGUUUGGUCCUUCGGGCAGGAGAACAUGGGUGCAUGGUAUUUACUCGAGAGAUGGAGCGACCACAUUGGUUACCAACAUACUAUGAAGUAGGGAACGAAAAGGUCGUGGACACCACAGGAGCAGGGAAUUCGUUCUUGGGGGGAUUUGCAAUUGGUCUUGUGGAAACUGGGGAUGUUAUCGAGGCAGCUAAAUAUGGAACAGUCGCUGCAAGUUUUGUAAUCGAACAAAUGGGAGUCGCAAAUGUCACACGGGAUGCAGAUGGCACCGAGUCAUGGAACGGGGAGGAUUCGGCCACCGUCUCGACGCCUGCAGGUAUCACGCCUUCCUCCCGUGAUUGGGAGAAGAAGGUUGACGAUGUCAGGCCUUCUAAAUCAGAUAUGAAUACUAUAGUCAUGAACUAUCUCAUCAUCGGGGGCUACCCAUCCGCUGCGAUGAAGUUUGCCCAAGAAGCAGGUCUUGAGUCGCAGAUAGACCUGACUUCCAUCGAAAAGAGGAAUCAGAUAUGCACCUCUAUCCAUCACGGAGAUAUAAAAACUGCGAUCGAACGCAUCAAUGAUUUUGAACCUGAGUUACUGGAAAUGCACCCCCGCCUACAUUUCGCUCUUCUGCGUCUCCAAUUGAUUGAACUGGUCCGUCGCAGCAUGGUGGACAAUGAUAUCGGGCCCGCUCUUACCUUUGCCCAGGACUAUCUUGCACCACGAGCACCCCAGUACCCAGAGUUCUUGAAGGACCUGGAACACACCAUGGCCUUGCUAUGUUUCCCGCCAGACCAGCUAUCACCGCCAUUGGCGAAAUUACUGGACCCAGAUAUGAGGAAACAGGUGGCGACCAUGGUGAACCAAACUAUCCUCGAGUCCCAGGAAGUGUUUUCAGAAGCCAAGAUCAAGAGUCUGGUGAAGUUGAGAGCAUGGGUCGAGGCUAAGGCGGCGCAGAGCGAGUCAGAGAGAUUGAGGAGCAUUCCACAUAUGGACCUAGGACUAGUUUCUCCCAAGGGAGAAUUUCCUGAACCUAGCCAGUAG